AUGUCCUUCCAAAACAUCCUCGUCGACGCCGUAAAGUCGCACUUCGACAAGGACGACGACAAAGACGACCUGAACCCGGCCCUCUCGCACGCCUCCGCCCACGCCUCCUCCUCCGAGGACCCCUCCCUCUUCAGCCAGGCCCUUUCCUUCAUCAACCAGCGCAAGAGCGAGGGCAUUGACAGCGACGACAUCGACGAGGAGCACGCUGUCAACGCGCACAGACGCUACGAGGAAGGCGGGAACAUGGACUCCAAGGAUUUCGGGGCUGGUGCGGCGAUGCAGGCGCUUAAGAUGUUUACGUCUGGGUCUGGGGAGAGCACGGGGGCCGGGAAGGAUAAGAAUGCGUUUAUUGGGAUGGCGAUGGCCGAGGCCGGGAAGAUGUGGGAGCAGAAGGCGGGACGGGGGGAGGCUAGCGGAGACAAGCAGUCUGCUAUCAACCAGGCUGCUGAGAUGGCGUUCAAGAUGUACUUGAAGAGCCAGAUGAGUGGGAGUGAGGGGACUGGUGGGCCUGGUGGGCUGAUGAGCCUGGCUAGCAAGUUCUUGAAGUAA